CCCGCCGCCUUCCCAGCGGCCACACCUCCAACUGCCGGUCCUGGGGCGCCGCGCGGUUUGGGCACCUCUGCCAGCCCCGUGGCCCCCAGUCUGGAGCUGAAAGCUGCUGUUUUCUGUGAUCCGAGCGGACCUGCCUGAGCCCCACCGGGAGCCGCAGGGGUGAUGGUUUGUUGGCAUAUGUCACCCAGACAGCCCAGAAUUGAGGAGCGGGGAGAAGCCCUGGCCGUGGGGCCCCUAGGGCUUCGCCCGCGCUGUCGGUGGAGCGCACAGCUGUUUGGAGUUCUUACGAGUGGAGAUUGGAGCCCGCGUGUGGGAUCCGUGUAUCUGGAGACUUUCCCGGGUGCAACUCACCACCAGGAAAGGGGAAGAAGACUCCAGGACACUUGGUCACUACCUAAAAGUUCCGACACCCGAGCAGAGAAAUGGGAAGCGUGCAGUGUGUCAGGGUGGCCAGGGCGAGCUUCCGGAUCUGAGACUCCAAAUCUGGGCAUCUGUAGCUAUCAGACCGGCUCCCCACAACAGGCAAAGCGGAUGGAAAAACAGUCUGCUUAAAAGUCUGGGAAAUGAUGUGAGACAAGCAGACAGACAGUAAGGGACAAUUUUCCUAGACUCAGGGUUGAGGUGCAAAUAAAACGAGCUCUGGACUAUUGUCCUGUACCUCUUGUUUCUAGACAACUAUUACAAUUACAAUUACAAUUACAAUUAUUACUGAUCUUUUGCUCUCCUCACUGAACUAGGACAGAUCCCUUUCUGGUGUUGAGGAAUUACUGAGACCGAUUUCCCAUACAGUUCAAUCCUGAGUUAUCAAAUCUGGACAGAUUGCCCUUUUAAGACUGACACAGUAGCUUUUUAGGAUAGGAAUCCUGAUGAAGUGCCUUGUGGCACAUAUGCUAGGCUCCUGGGACCGGGGAAGAUUUCUCCCUUGGAUUCCUUUAGAUAUGCUAACAAAUCGAGAUCUGUUUGCACAUUUCCCCAGGCUUGACCGUCUGCAAAUAGGAAAUACAUUUGUAUAGAGUAGUUUUAUCUUGUCUCUCCUCUAGUGUGGAGUAUAUUUGUUAGGGACUAUGGUGGCUGAUUUGGAAUCUUUGGUAGAUCUUGCUCUACCAAUAGUUUGAAAGCAGCUAUGCAAUAUAGGCUGCCUGUAAGAGGAAUGUUACAGGCUGGCUGGAAAAUGAGUUUGUGUGGCCUUUUUAGCUAUGCCUAGUGUUAGUGGGGAGGUGAUGUGAAUUGAGGGAGAGAGGGAUGACAGAUUUAUUUUCACCUGGCUCUUCAUUAGAGGGAAGUAUUCUGAAUCGCAGUGUUCUGAAAAGCAAUUGGGUUGGACCUGAGCAAAGGUAUUGCCAACACAGGCUUUAGUGGGGUGAUGGAGAGGAAGCCAUACUAUGACAUCUAAAAUGUCAGGGGUCAGUCCGUCAGUUUAAUAAGCACUUUGGCAAAAUGGCAUGGGUUUUCUUUUUUUUUUUUUUCAUUUUCGGUAGACAAAGACCCUUAAUAUAAAAAAGAUACUAACUCACAUGGGGAGAAUAGGAUUCCAGUGAAUUCUGAACUGUCUUAAUAGGCAACUAAGCUUUUCCUAAAGCUCCCUGGGAUGAGAGUGAGCUCCAGGGAAUAGUUUUCCUGUCACAGCACAGGUGAGCGCUGUGGGCUAUGGGAUGGAUGAGGUGGAGCAGGACCAGCAUGAGGCCCGACUCAAGGAGCUGUUUGACAGUUUUGACACAACGGGAACUGGGUCCCUGGGACAGGAGGAGCUCACGGAUCUGUGCCACAUGCUGAGCUUGGAGGAGGUGGCCCCGGUGCUGCACCAGACGUUGCUGCAGGACAACCUCUUGGGCAGGGUGCAUUUUGACCAAUUUAAAGAAGCAUUAAUCCUUAUCUUGUCUAGAACACUGUCCAAUGAAGAACACUUUGAAGAACCAGCAUCUGUGGGUGUCAGCUGCCAACAAGUAGCUCGGGUGUCUGUGCCGCUCCUGGAUACCCACAAGCUGACACAUGCACUUCUGAUGAAAGACUGCUCACUAGAAGCUCAGCCCAAAUAUGUCCGAGGUGGGAAGCGUUAUGGACGAAGGUCUUUGCCAGAGUUCCAAGAGUCUGUGGAGGAGUUUGCCGAGGUGACAGUGAUUGAGCCACUGGAUGAAGAAGCCCAGCCAUCCCACGGCCCAGUGGGAGACGGCAGUGAGCGCUGGAAGACACAACACAGUGAGGAGUAUGAGGCAGAAGGCCAGCUAAGGUUUUGGAACCCAGAUGAUUUGAAUGCUUCGCAGAGUGGGUCUUCCCCUCCUCAAGACUGGAUAGAAGAGAAACUGCAAGAGGUUUGUGAAGACCUAGGGAUCACCCGCGAUGGCCACUUGAACCGGAAGAAGCUGGUCUCCAUCUGCGAGCAGUAUGGCUUACAGAGUGUCGAUAGAGAGAUGCUUGAAGAAGUAUUUCACAACCUUGAUCCUGAUGGUACAAUGAGUGUUGAAGAUUUUUUCUAUGGUUUGUUCAAAAAUGGAAAAUCUCUUACACCUUCAGCAUCUACUCCUUACAGACAACUGAAAAGACAUCUCUCCAUGCAGUCUUUUGAUGAGAGUGGGCGUCGUACCAUGACCCCAUCAGUGAAGACAGGUACCAUUGGCUUUCGGGUCUUCUCCUGCCUGGAUGAUGGGAUGGGCCAUGCGUCUGUGGAGAGGAUACUGGACAGCUGGCAGGAAGAGGGCGUUGAGAACAGCCAGGAGAUACUAAAAGCCUUGGAUUUCAGCCUGGAUGGAAGUGUUAACUUGACAGAACUCACACUGGCUCUUGAAAAUGAACUUCUGGUCACCAAGAAUGGCGUUCACCAGGCGGCUCUGGCCAGCUUCAAGGCUGAGAUCCGGCAUUUGUUGGAACGGGUCGAUCAAGUAGUCAGAGAAAAAGAGAAACUCCGAUCAGACCUGGACAAGGCUGAGAAGCUCAAGUCUCUGAUGGCGUCAGAGGUGGAUGAUCACCACGCAGCCAUAGAACGGAGGAAUGAGUACAACCUCAGGAAACUGGAUGAGGAAUACAAGGAGCGAAUCACAGCAUUAAAGAAUGAACUGUGCAAAGAGAGAGAGCAGAUUCUGCAGCAGGUGGGCAAGCAGCGCUUAGAACUGGAACAGGAAAUCGAAAAGGCAAAAACAGAAGAGAACUUCAUCCGGGAUCGCCUUGCCCUCUCUUUAAAGGAAAACAGUCGCCUGGAAAAUGAGCUUAUGGAAAAUGCAGAGAAGUUGGCAGAGUAUGAGAAUCUGACAAACAAACUUCAGCGAAAUUUGGAAAAUGUGUUAGCCGAAAAGUUUGGCGACCUUGAUCCUAGCAGUGCUGAAUUCUUUCUACAAGAAGAGAGGCUGACACAGAUGAGAAAUGAGUAUGAACAACAGUGCCGGGUAUUACAAGACCAAGUGGAUGAACUCCAGUCAGAGCUGGAAGAGUAUCGUGCACAAGGCAAAGUGUUCAGGCUUCCCUUGAAGAACUCGCUGUGUGAAGAACUGGAUGUGAGCAGCAGGGGUGUUGAGCCUGACCAGGGGCUUGGUUCUGAAGAAUGUAACCCACUGAACAUGAGUAUUGAGGCAGAGCUGGUCAUCGAACAGAUGAAAGAGCAACACCACAGGGAAAUGUGCCGCCUAAGACUGGAGCUUGAAGACAAAGUGCAUCAUUAUGAAAAGCAGCUGGAUGAAACCAGGGUCUCCUGUGAAAAGGAGCAGGAGACCACGAGGCAGCAGUAUGAGCAUGAAGUGCACACCUUGGAAAAAGAAAUCAGUGAAUUGAAAAGUGAAAUGGCAGACCUUCAGGGGCAGGCCGAGGUGCUGAAGUUGGCCCACCCGGAGGCCAGCUGCAGGCACCAGGAGGAGAAGAAACAACUGCAGGUGGCCUUUGAGGAGGAAAAGACUCACCUGCAGGAGGAGCUGAGGCUGGAGCAUGAGCGGGAGCUCAAGGCCAGGCUGGAACAGGUGGAGGAAGACUUUAGCCGGGAGCGGGAAGGACUGGCUCAGAGUAGCGCCUGGACGGAAGAGAAGGUGAGAGGCCUGACUCAGGACCUAGAGCAGGCUCACCAGGAGCAGCUGCGGAGCCUGGUGGAGAAGUGUGCUCUUGAGAAAGAGGGGCUGAGGAAGGAGCUCCUGGAAAAGCACCAAAGGGAACUGCAAGAAGGAAGGGAAAAAUUGGAAACAGAGUGUAAUAGAAGAACCUCUGAAAUAGAAGCCCAGUGUCAGGCUGCGUGUCAGCAAGUCACUGAGCGCUGUGAACAGACUCUCCGAAGCCUGGAGGAGCACCACCUUCAACAGCUAAAGGAGCUCAUGGAGCAGCGGCUGGAGGACAGAGCCCAGUGGGAAUUUGAGAAGGACGAGCUCACCCAGGAGUGUGCCGAGGCCCAGGAGAAACUGGGGGAGACUCUUCAGAGAGAGAAAGCGACCUCCCUGGUCCUGACCCAGGAGAGGGAGAUGCUGGAGAAGACAUACAAAGAACAUUUGAAUAGCAUGGUCAUUGAGAGAGAACAGCUGCUCCAAGACCUGGAAGACCUGCGCAGUGCAUCCGAGAGCCAGCACAGCCUCCUGACCAACCAGAUACUCGAGCUGAAGAGCUCCCAUGCACAGGAACUAAAGGAGCAAGAGCAGGUCCUGUGCCAGGCGGGGGCCUCCAAGCAGCUAGCCAGCCAGCAGCUUGAAAGGUUGCAGCUGGAGCAUGACCAAGAGAGGCAGGACAUGAUGGCCAAACUUCUGGCCGUAGAGAAUGCCCACAGGGUGACACGUGAGACAGCCGAUCGAGACAGGGCUGAGAUGAGCGCAGAGAUCUCCAGGCUUCAGAAUAAAAUCAAGGCCAUCCAGCAAGCAGCAUCUCCAUCCAGGUUUCACGGGGGCUGCCAGGCAGUGGGAGGGGAGGAGGAGGUAGAAGGAAAUAGAGGCAUGUCCCUGCUUGAACAAGGGGAGCAGCUGUUGGAAGAAAAUGGAGAUGUCCUUGUCAGUCUACAGAAAGCUCAUGAACGUGCAGUGAAGGAGAAUGUGAAAAUGGCUACUCAGAUUUCUAGAUUGCAACAGAGGCUGCAGAAAUUAGAGCCUGGGUUAGUGAUGUCAUCAUGUUUAGAAGAGCCAGCGACAGAGUUUUUGGGGAGUUCUGCAGAACAUUCACAGCCAUUCUUAUCGCAAAGCCGAAUGAAGCAAGCUGCAAGUGUCACUACACAGCACAUCCAGAGCGACCUGCAGGAAAAUGAGGCUCAGGAUGCAAGGAGUACAGCGGCCAGCUCCCAUCAGAGACACAGGGUCAGGAUGGAAGAGUCGGAAACUUCCGUGGAGUGUUUCUCAGAGCUUGAAAAUAGUGAUGAGACCAGGACUGAAUCCUGGGACUUGAAGAACCACAUCUGUCAGCUCCAAGAACACUUAGAGAUCUUACGUGCUGACUGCGACCGGGCUUCUGAAAAGAAACAGGACCUGCUUUUUGACAUCUCGGUGCUAAGAAAGAAACUAAAGAUGCUUGAGAGAGUCCCUGAGGCUUCUCCCAAGUAUAGGCUGCUGUUUGAGGAUGCCAGUCGAGAAAACGAGUGCCUUCAGGAAGAGCUGAGAGUGAUGGAGACCCGCUAUGACAAGGCCCGAGAAAACAGCAAAGAACUCACUGCUGAAGUUUUCCGGUUGCGGGCGGAGUUAAAGAAAGUGGAGGAAAUGACGAGAACAUUCCUUAGCCUAGAAAAGAGUUACCAUGAUGUCAAGACUGAAAAUGAGGAGCUGAACGUUUUGGUGGUGAGACUACAAGGGCAGAUUGACGAGCUUCAGGAAAGAGCAGCGGUGCACAGUGACUGCAGCCUCUCUUUGUGGGAAGCCAGGUCAGAUAACUUGGAGCUCCAGCCCCAUGAGAAGGUGCUUGAACUAAGUCAGUCGCUGGAAGAAUGCAUUCCCAAGGUUAGAAGCAUACACCGUCUUGUAGAAGAAUGGACACAAGAAACCCAGUGCCAAGAGCAGGGGAGCACACAGCUCUUGGCAAAAGCCCAUGAAAUGGCCUGGUUACACAGAACCAAGAAAAGCCCAGAGUUCUUCUUGGUGCAGACUCACCAAGAAGAGCCUCGAGUCCAAAACCGAGUUCCAUUGGAGGAAAACACUGCCCUCCAAGGCCUUCAAGACCCUCAGUUUCAGCAUCAGGCCACACUAGCAGAGUUAGAACUGGAGAAACAGAAGCUACAGGAGCUGACUAGGAAGCUAAGGGAGCGAGUCACUACUUUAGUUAAGCAGAAAGGUGUCCCUUCUCAGGGAGAGAAGGAGGAAGAGCUGAAAGCCAUGAUGCAUGACCUGCAGGUCACAUGCAGUGAGAUGCAACAGAAAGUUGAACUGUUGAGAUAUGAAUCUGAAAAGCUUCACGAGGAAAACUCUAUUUUGAGAAAUGAAAUUACUACCUUAAAUGAAGAAGAUAGCAUUUCUAGCCUGAAAUUAGAGAAAUUAAAUGGAUCUCAGGAAGAAUUGUGGCAAAAAAUAGAAACUGUAGAACAGGAAAAAGCUGCAAUUCAAACGAUGGCUGAAAAUUUAAAGAAACAGAUUUCAGAUUUAAAAAUCAAAAACCAACAGUUGGAUUCAGAGAAUAUAGAACUUCGCCAAAAGAACUCUCAAAACCAGGAAGAACUGCAGGACCUUAAUGAGCGUCUGGCAGAGCUGCUGUGCCAGAAGGAAGAAGAGCCAGGGGAGAGUUCAUUUGAGGAAUGGGAACGAGAAAGGGCUGAUCUGAAAAAAGAACUGGAACUCUAUAAAAUGCAGUCCUCCACAUUAGUGUCUUCUCUGGAGGCAGAACUUUCAGAAGUUAAAAUUCAGACUCAUAUUAUGGAACAGGAAAAUCUCCUUCUCAAAGAUGAACUGGAACAAAUGAACCAACUGCACAGAUGUCCUGAUGUCUCCGAGUUCCAGCAAAAGCUUUCUAGUGUGCUAAGCUACAAUGAAACACUGCAGAAAGAAAAAGAAGCGCUAAGUGCAGAAUUAAAGAACUGUGUGGAUAAGCUGGCACAGUCUAGCUUUUUGGAGAACAGAAUUGCUACAAUGAAGCAAGAGCAGCAGUCUUGGGAGCACCAAAGUGAGAGCUUAAAGUCACAGCUGGUGGCUUCACAGGAGAAGGUUCGGGAUUUAGAAGACGCCCUGCAGAAUGUGAACCUUCAGAUGUCCCGGAUCAAAUCUGACCUCCGAGUGACUCAGCAGGAAAAAGAAGCUUUAAAACAAGAAGUGAUGUCUUUACACAAACAGCUUCAGAAUGCUUGUGACAAGAACCUUGCUGCAGAAAUAGCCAGCCUGCCAUCAGGACCCCAGAACCAGCAGCAAAGGUUGUCUUGGGAUCAGUUAGAUCAUCUGAGUGAGGAACCGCAGCUGCUCCGGCAGGGAAAUGAGAGACUGCAGACCGUGGUGCAGAACACCAAGGCAGAGCUCAUGCACUCCCGAGAGAAGGUCCAUCAACUGGAAUCCAGCCUUCUUCCCUCUAAGCACCAAAAACAUCUAAACCCAUCAGGUACUGUGAAACUCGCAGAGCAAGAAAAGUUGAACUUAAAGAGAGAAUGUGAACAAUUUCAGAUAGAACGACCUAUUAGUAGGAAGGUCAGUCAGAUGAAUUCUUUUGAAGGAGAAUUAGACACAGUUCAUUUGGAAAAUGAAGGUCUGAAAAAGAAACAAGUGAAACUGGAUGAGCAGCUAAUGGAGAGGCAGCACCUGAGGUCCACUGUGAUGCUUAGCCCAUCGCCCCACUGGGAUCUGCAGCUGCUCCAGCAGCAAGCCUGUCUGAUGGUGCCCAGGGAGCAGUUUCUGCAGCUUCAACACCAGCUGCUGCAGGCAGAAAGGAGAAACCAGCACCUGCUGGAGGAACUUGACAGCAGGACCUUGGAAACCAACACACCACAGGGAAGCCAGGAACAACUGGUAACUGUCAUGGAGGAACGAAUGAUAGAAGUUGAACAGAAACUGAAACUGGUGAAAAGGCUCCUUCAAGAGAAAGUAAAUCAGCUCAAAGAACAACUCUGCAAGAACACUAAAGCAGAUGCAAUGGUGAAGGAUUUGUAUGUUGAAAAUGCUCAGUUGUUGAAAGCUCUGGAAAUGACUGAACAGCGACAGAAAACAGCAGAGAAGAAAAAUUAUCUCCUAGAAGAGAAGAUUGCCAGCCUCAGUACUAUAGUCAGAAAUCUGACGCCAGCACCCCUGACUUCUACACCUCCUUUGAGAUCAUAGCCACACCAAAGCCUCUCUUCUGUCUGUGCACUUUACUGAGAUGGAUGGAACAUUUCAGUACAUUCUCUUAACCCUCUUUCUACAAACUUUUAAUGACUUGGUGUGAAACAACCAAAAUCUACCAGCAACAGAACUGGAGUCUCCUUUCAGAACCAGUCUCUCUAAAUAGACCUUUUUGGAAGUUCCAAACAAACAUCAUAUAGUUCACUGUCUAAGUUACUCAUAUGCUGAGAUUUUAUUUCAUAAGUAUUGUAAUAGCUACAAAGAAGGUCAAACUCUGUGUUCUUGUUGCUUUUAUAAAAAAAAUUGCAUUAUACACAAAUGUAUGUGUGGAGAUAAGUAUGAGAUCUAAUUAGAAUAGUUACUAUGUACUUUAUUUUUAUAUCAAAUUUAGGUGUUACACAUUUAAAUACUGAAAAAAAUGCUUUUUGUAAUAGUUUUGGUUCUUUGAAUUGAUGGAUGGACUAUAAUUGUUUGAUAAGAAGGCUCAGCUCUGUAAACAUGGAGGUCAGAAAUAUCCAAGAACUCUACCUUCAAAAACCUAUACCUACUGUUACUAUUUUUGUUGUUGGUGGUGGUUGUGGGGUUUGAACUCAGGGCCUCAGCAUGGUCCCUGAGAUUUUUUCUCAAGGCUAGCGCUCUACCACUUU